UAACCGGAAACCGAAUGAACGAGGAACUCAAACGGGUUUGAUUGCGCGUGGAGGCAAAUGAGUUGUACCGCGCAGGUCCGAGCAGGUCCGAGGCAACAUGAGCGUCCACCGAGAAUCGGAGUCUAAACUGUCCCGCUACGGCGGGACGCUGUGCGGCGUCUUCACUCACGCGCUGUGCGCGCUCUUCACCGGCUUCAUCGCCGCUCUGAGCAGACCUGGGUCCAGUCUGUUCUCGUGGCAUCCGUUCCUCAUGACUCUCGCUUUCUCCUUCUUCAUGACGGAGGCCGUGCUUCUGUUCAACCCCUACUCGUCUCCCGUCAAGAAGCUGAAGCACAAAGCCAAGGGCCGCCUUCACUGGCUCCUGCAGGGCUCGUGCGUGUGCUGCGCGGUCGCGGGGCUGGCCGCCGUCUUCUACAACAAGCACCUCGGCGGCAAGCCGCACUUCAGCACGUGGCACGGGGCGCUCGGGGCCCUGACGGUGGCCGCCGCCGGGCUGCAGGCGCUCGGGGGGCUCCCGCUGCUCCACCCCAAACUGGCCCGGGGCCGGUCGAGGGCCGAGCUGAAGCGCUACCACGCCGCGUCCGGCCUGCUGGCGUACCUGCUGGGCAGCUCGAGCCUGUUCCUCGGCCUGCGCUCGGCGUGGUUCGGCGGCGUCGCCGGCGGGUUCGGAGGGGCCCUGGCCCCGCUCUGUCCCGUCCUGUGCGCUCUGGUCGUGAUGAGUCAGGUCACGAACGCUUACAUGGCUCGCAAGCCAAUGCAGUACUGAAACCCAGCUCCAUCGGCUGGACCGGACUCAUUUUAUUUGUUAUGAACGUGUGCUCCGCAACCAACUUUGAAUACCUAAAAACAAAUAUUUUUAUACCCGUUUUAUAUUUUUGAAUGCGUUUCAUCAGUGCAUGUUUUUUGGCGCAAACGACAAGGCAACUAUUUUUCUUAAACGCCGGGAACAAAGAUUGCGUUUAUUAAACGAUUUAUAAUUUUUACGCGUUUUUGCAUGCGCUUAUCAGCGCCAGUCCGACACGUUCUGUUCAACGAAACUGUUGCAGGAAAUAUUUAUGCCAACAAAAUUUUUUGUUGAAUUAAACAAUCAUGAGAGAAAACAUUUAUGCGUUUAUAUUAUUAACAUAGUGGUAAUAUCUUAUGCAAAAAAAAAAAAAAUUAUUUAAAUGUCGCACAGUCUUUUUGCCGUUUAAGUAAACAGUUUGUAGAUCAUUAAAAACUGUCGAAAACGUACAUAUUAUUAUUAUACAGAAGUUGUUUAAUGACAUUUACAGAUAAUUUUUGAUAAUCAUUUUUUUGUAUAGUAUUAUUUUAUACAAAUAAAAAAAAACUGAAUUAUAAGCUACAGGUAUUUAACCUUUGUGCCAAUUUUUAUUUUUCUGUGCUAUAACGGGUUAUGUUUAUGAUUAAAUGACACAUGUAGAUUUUUCAUCCUAUACAUUUUCACUUUUUUCUGUUCAAUUAACUUCAUAAAACCGCCUAUUGUUAUCACUAAUAAUUACUAACUACAUUUUAUGUGUAUGUGUUUAUAUAUGUAUGUUAUGUAUAUAUGUGUGUAUGCGUAUAUGUAUAUACACACACACAGUUAUUCUGAAUACAGGAGGAGUAAGGUUUAUGUUAAAACAAUAUUUAAUAAAUACAAUGUCAUUUGAA